UCAGAAACUGACGUCUCUCCUUGGUGCUAUCUGCCAAAACUUCAAUUGUUGUUAGCGAUCUGGAUUCCAAUUUCUGACGUCAAUUCGCAUCGCUCACCCCCCCAAAGAUCCGAGCUUUUACCCUAUGAAUUUCUUCAAAUCCGUCUUCUCCGACGACCCAGGAACCGAAUCCGAGUCCGAUUCACCGAAACACAGCAGCGAAGAACAACACGAAGAUGAUCCAGAUCAAUCCAAUCCAGAUCACGACGACGGCGGAUGGAGCUUCGGCGGUCUGAUGAAAACCAUAGCCGACAGAUCCGAGUCCGUGAUCGAAAACUACCGGCGAGAUCUAGAAGAGUUCGGGACAGGUCUGAAGAAGGAGAUCGAAGUCGCGCAGGGAUCGCUUGGCACCGUCGGACACGCCAUCGACGAGCUUGGCAACACCGUGCUUAAAGGUACGGCUGAGAUCAUCGCUCAAGGCAAGGAAGCCAUCUUAGCCGCCGGUAACGAAUCUGAUUCCUCUUCUAGUACUAGCUUGGGUCGUCGUGAUAGCUUUAGCUCGAAACCGUAUAGUCGUUUCGAUGCUCAGGUUCGGGCCGUUCAGGGAGAUGUUACUACUUAUAGUGAAGAGCCUGAGGAUUCAGAUGAUUACAACAAGUGGGAGUCUGACUUCUCUCUGGGAGACAAAGCUGAGGAGAUGGAGAGCUUGUUGGAGGGGAACGGAGAUAUGAAAGGAGUGUAUAAGAGACUUGUUCCUAGUGUGGUUGAUCAUGAGACUUUCUGGUUCAGGUAUUUCUAUAAGGUUUAUAAGCUCAAGCAAGCUGAAGACUUGAGGGCUAAUCUUGUGAAACGAGCCAUCUCUUUGGAUGACGAGGAAGAGUUGAGCUGGGAUAUUGAUGAUGAAGAGGAGACUAGCAGCAGUGAGAUAGUUGUUGAAAGCGCUGCCAAAGAUGUUUCCAGAUUGAAACUUGAAGGGAGUAAUGAUGAUGAUAUGGGUAGUGGAGGAGAUGUUAGCAAGACUGCGAAAGAUGAUGAUCAAGUGAGCAAUGUUGGUUUGAAGACAGACACAGAUUCACAAGUUCCAGAAGAAUCAAAACCAGUUGUUGAAGAGUCGUCUACUCCUCCUGCCUCUGCCUCUGAUGAGGCUCCAAUCCAAGAUGCGGUCAAACCAGAAGAAGCUGUUCCCAAAUCCGAGGAGAGUGCUCUAUCAGCUAAACCAGAUGGUGCAGCUUCUUCAUCAACUCAAGAAGAGGAUAUGGGAUGGGACGAGAUUGAGGAUAUGAGCAGCAUCGAUGGUAAAGAAGCGAGUCGUUCGAGUGGAAGUCCAGAAAACAGAGCUGAGCUGCGUAAACGCCUGAGUGCUGCAGAGGAAGAAGAUGAAGAAGACUUAAGUUGGGACAUUGAAGAUGAUGAUGACGGUGAAGAAACAUCACCAUCAACAAAAGCUUAAGUGUUGUGCUUUUUUAAUUUCUCUCCUACUUAAUCAUCAUUAUUAUCUUGUUUUCUCUUUAAACGUUCUGUUUUAUUUCAUUUGAAAAUCAUAUGCUUGAUUUGAUGA